AUGACUUCUCGAGACGGGUUUCAAUGGACUUCGGAAACAGGCCUCACCCAGGGUGUCUCUUCCAUUGGUGUCAUCUCUCCUCCCUCAAAUAUCUCGGCAGCCGAAGCAGGACCUUGGGAUGUCAUUGUUGUUGGCGCCGGAUACACUGGUUUGACGGCAACUCGAGACUUGUGUCUUGCUGGCCACAAGGUGCUUCUCCUCGAAGCCCGCGACCGUAUUGGGGGUCGAUCGUGGUCCUCUAACAUCGGAGACUACCCCUUCGAAAUGGGCGGCACAUGGGUUCAUUGGGGACAGCCGCAUGUGUGGCGGGAGAUCUCUAGAUAUCGCAUGCGGGAAGAGUUGGAGAAUUCGUUCGAUUUCUCGCGGGGAGUCAAUCACUUCCAGCUGCGCACAAACCAGAGCGAAAGCGUAAUGAGUCAUGACGAGGAGGACACUCUGCUUGCUUCUGGGCUGGCCAAGUUCGUGGAUGUGGAUGGAGCCAUGGGCCGGAAGAUCAUACCUUACCCCCACGAUGCCUUUCACGUCCCCGAGGCGCGCAAGUAUGAUGCACAGUCUGCGGCCGACCGUUUGAAGGAGAUUGCUCUUUCCCUCACGCCAAACGAGCGUGCCGCGUUGGAGAGCUUCGUCCUGCUCUGUAGCUGCGGUACCCUUGAAACCACAAGUUUCUUCGAGUUCCUGCACUGGUGGGCUCUAUGUGGCUACUCCUACCAGGGAUGCAUGGAUGCAUUGAUUUCCUACAAAUUCAAGGGCGGCCAGUCUUCCUUUGCGAUCAAGUUCUUCAAGGAGGCCCUCUCAACCGGUAAUCUAUCCUAUUCAUUCAACAGCCCUGCGCAGUCCAUCAGUGAUCAAGGCGACAAAGUGACACUGAUAACCCGGAGCGGGAGUCAGUACACUGGGUCUCGCUUGGUUUCCACUAUCCCUCUAAAUGUGUUGAACACAGUCGCUUUCAGUCCGCCCUUGAAUUCCCAACGUACUGCAGCGGCCAACACAGGUCAUGUCAACCAGUGCGUCAAGGUCCAUGCCGAGAUCUCCAACAAGGAUAUGCGCUCUUGGACAGGUAUCACGUACCCUUUCAAUAAGCUCACGUAUGCCAUCGGUGAUGGAACCACGCCUGCCGGGAACACUCAUAUCGUUUGCUUUGGUGGGUUCCACAACCACAUUCAUCCAGAAGAGGAUAUCAACGAGACAAGAAAGGCUGUUCAAAGCAUGGCACCCGGAAAUAUGGAUAUCAAGCGCUUGGUUUUCCACAACUGGGCGAAGGAUGAAUUUGCGAAGGGCGCUUGGUUCUUUUCCCCUCCAAACAUGCUGUCAACUUCCUUGGAUGCGCUGAGGUCUCGCCAUGGAAAUGUUCUCUUUGCUAAUUCCGAUUGGGCUGUUGGUUGGCGCAGCUUCAUCGAUGGUGCUAUCGAAGAAGGAACUCGUGCUGCAUUUACCGUGACGGAAGAGUUACGAGGCCCAUCUGCUUCCCGCUCUCGUCUAUAG